GAACUCACUGGGGCCGGCGGGCGGCAGCGCUCGGCAUUGUGGCGGGCGGCGGGGACCGGCGAGGGCGCCGGAGCCGCGGGCUGCGGCGGGGCUCGGGGAGGCGCUCACGGGGCUGGGACAGCGCGGCGCCGGCCGCUGCGCGCGCCACUGAGCGCUCUCACCUUGGGUCGCGCAACUUGAGAGCCAGGGCGCAGUAGCGCGGGGAGCGCUCAGAGCCCAGGGCGCGCCGGAGCCUGGCUGGAGAGCGGGCGCCGGACACCCAUCGCGCUCCGAGCGCCGGGCGGCCCUCCGCGCGGCGUGGCUGCCGCUGCCCCCACGGAAGGCACGGGCUGGCGCGGCCGGGCGCCGGGGAGGACGGCGAGGAGGAGGCGGCGGCGGCGGAGACGGCGGCGGCGAGACUGGGGCCGGGGAGAGAGCCCUGGGGGAGAGGCUCCCGAGCCGGGCCGCGGGAGCAUGUGGGCCCGGAGCGGAGCGCGGGGUGCGCUGCUGCUGGCGCUGCUGCUCUGCUGGGACCUGAGGCUGAGCGAAGCAGGCGCUGAUUCCGAGGUGCUCCCCGACUCCUACCCGUCGGCGCCGGCGGAGCCCCUGCCGCACUUCCUACAGGAGCCGCAGGACGCCUACAUCGUGAAGAACAAGCCGGUGGAGCUGCGCUGCCGCGCCUUCCCCGCCACGCAGAUCUACUUCAAGUGCAACGGCGAGUGGGUCAGCCAGAACGACCACGUCACCCAGGAGGGCCUGGACGAGGCCACCGGCCUGCGGGUGCGCGAGGUGCAGAUCGAGGUGUCGCGGCAGCAGGUGGAGGAGCUCUUCGGGCUGGAGGAUUACUGGUGCCAGUGUGUGGCCUGGAGCUCCGCCGGCACCACCAAGAGUCGCCGGGCCUACGUCCGCAUCGCCUACCUGCGCAAGAACUUCGAUCAGGAGCCUCUGGGCAAGGAGGUGCCCCUGGACCAUGAGGUUCUCCUGCAGUGCCGCCCGCCGGAGGGGGUGCCUGUGGCAGAGGUGGAAUGGCUCAAGAACGAGGACAUCAUCGACCCCACCCAGGACACCAACUUCCUGAUCACCAUCGACCACAACCUCAUCAUCCGCCAAGCCCGCCUGUCGGACACGGCCAACUAUACCUGCGUGGCCAAGAACAUCGUGGCCAAGCGCCGGAGCACCACCGCCACGGUCACUGUCUACGUGAAUGGCGGCUGGUCCAGCUGGGCAGAGUGGUCACCCUGCUCCAACCGUUGUGGCCGAGGCUGGCAGAAGCGCACCCGGACCUGCACCAACCCCGCCCCGCUCAACGGAGGUGCCUUCUGUGAGGGCCAGGCCUUCCAGAAGACUGCCUGCACCACCGUGUGCCCAGUUGACGGAGCGUGGACGGAGUGGAGCAAGUGGUCAGCCUGUAGCACCGAGUGUGCCCACUGGCGCAGCCGUGAGUGCAUGGCACCCCCGCCCCAGAACGGAGGCCGUGACUGCAGCGGGACACUGCUCGACUCCAAGAACUGCACCGAUGGGCUGUGCAUGCAGAAUAAGAAAACUCUAAGUGACCCCAAAAGCCACCUGCUGGAGCCCUCAGGGGAUGUGGCGCUGUACGCGGGCCUUGUGGUGGCCGUCUUCGUGGUCAUCGCGGUGCUCAUGGUGGUGGGGGUGGUGGUGUACCGCCGCAACUGCCGCGACUUCGACACCGACAUCACCGACUCGUCCGCCGCCCUCACUGGCGGUUUCCACCCAGUCAACUUCAAGACCGUGAGGCCCAACAACCCGCAGCUCCUGCACCCAUCUGCACCCCCCGACCUGACCGCCAGCGCCGGCGUCUACCGCGGACCCGUGUACGCCCUGCAGGACUCAGCCGACAAGAUCCCCAUGACCAACUCGCCCCUGCUGGACCCCCUGCCCAGCCUCAAGGUCAAGGUCUACAGCUCCGGCACCACCAGCUCCGGCCCAGGCCUGCCAGAUGGGGCCGACCUGCUGGGGGUCCUGCCGCCCGGCCCGUACCCUGGCGAUUUCCCCCGCGACGCCCACUUCCUGCACCUGCGCAGCGCCAGCCUUGGCUCCCAGCAGCUCCUGGGCCUGCCCCGGGACCCAGGGAGCAGCGUCAGCGGCACCUUCGGCUGCCUGGGCGGGAGGCUCAGCAUCCCCGGCACAGGGGUCAGCCUGCUGGUGCCCAAUGGAGCCAUUCCCCAGGGCAAGUUCUACGAGAUGUACCUGCUUAUCAACAAGGCAGAAAACACCCUCCCGCUUUCGGAAGGAACCCAGACAGUAUUGAGCCCCUCGGUGACCUGUGGGCCCACAGGCCUCCUGCUGUGCCGCCCCGUCAUCCUCACUGUGCCUCACUGUGCCGAAGUCAGCGCCGGAGACUGGAUCUUCCAGCUCAAGACCCAGGCUCACCAGGGUCACUGGGAGGAGGUGGUGACUCUGGAUGAGGAGACCCUGAACACGCCCUGCUACUGCCAGCUUGAGGCCAGGUCCUGCCACAUCCUGCUGGACCAGCUGGGCACCUACGUGCUCACGGGCGAGUCCUAUUCCCGCUCGGCAGUCAAGCGGCUGCAGCUGGCCGUGUUCGCCCCCGCCCUCUGCACCUCCCUGGAGUACAGCCUCCGGGUCUACUGCCUGGAGGACACGCCCGUGGCACUGAAGGAGGUGCUGGAGCUGGAGCGCACUCUGGGCGGCUACCUGGUGGAGGAGCCCAAGCCCCUGCUCUUUAAGGACAGUUACCACAACCUGCGCCUCUCCCUCCACGACAUCCCACACGCCCACUGGAGGAGCAAGCUGCUGGCCAAGUACCAGGAGAUCCCCUUCUAUCACAUCUGGAGUGGCAGCCAGAAGGCCCUGCACUGCACUUUCACCCUGGAGAGGCACAGCCUGGCCUCCACGGAGCUCUCCUGCAAGAUCUGCGUGCGGCAGGUGGAAGGGGAGGGCCAGAUAUUCCAGCUGCACACCGCGCUGGCAGAGACACCUGCUGGCUCCCUGGAUGCUCUCUGCUCUGCCCCUGGCAGCACGGUCGCCACUCAGCUGGGACCCUAUGCCUUCAAGAUCCCGCUGUCCAUCCGCCAGAAGAUAUGCAACAGCCUUGACGCCCCCAACUCACGGGGCAACGACUGGCGGAUGCUGGCGCAGAAGCUCUCCGUGGACAGGUACCUGAAUUACUUUGCCACCAAAGCGAGCCCCACGGGCGUGAUCCUGGACCUCUGGGAAGCGCUGCAGCAGGACGACGGGGACCUCAACAGCCUGGCCAGUGCCUUGGAGGAGAUGGGCAAGAGUGAAAUGCUGGUGGCAGUGGCCACCGAUGGGGACUGCUGAGCCACCUGGCACUGCAGGGUGGCAGGGACUGGCAGGAGGCGGGUGCAGGGAGGCCUGGGGCAGCCUCCUGAUGGGGACCUUCAGCUUCUGCUGCCCCUCAGCUCACAGCUGGAGGUUCCCCCUCCUCCUCCUCCUCCUCCCCCCGUACCCCAAGCCCCACACCACGACCAGCCUUAGAAAACCCACAUGCCCUGUUAUUAGAGGGCCCAGUGUUCCUUCUCCAUGCCCUGCUGUCUCUCUCCCAGCCCCAGACCUCCGUGUGGGAGUCCGGAUGGGGCUGGGGCCUCUGGAGGCAGUUGAGGGGCAAGGAGGUGGCCCUCCCUCCACCCUCACCCGCCCCCAGCCCCGCGACUUCUGGGUUCCAUUGGUUUAGCUGCGUUCUUCAUCUUCCUCCUCCGUUGCUGACCUCCCCUCCUAAGCCCCGGCUGCUCUCACACCCUUUUCCUCUUUGAAGAGUCAAGUACAGUUCAGACAGACAGACUGCUUUCUCCCACCCAAAAGCAAAAAGGAAAAGGAAAGAAAGCUUCAGACGGCUAGUAAGGCUCAAAGAAGAAGAAAAACUCCAAAACCACAAGGGAAAAGAAAAACCCAGUUUCUUAGGAAACGCAAAUGAUUUAUUAUCCAGAUAUUUGGAUAAGUCCUUUUUAAGAAAAAAAAAAAAAAAAGAAAAUGAAGAACAA